AUGCUACGGUCACUUAGUAACCUCAGCGAAGAGAGGCCAGACGUGGCGCGGGGCAAUUUCAAAUGCCCCAUGUUGAAUCUGCCCUCGUGGGAUCAACCAGCCCUUAUCAACUGGGAGCCGCUUGAACCCCCAAGCCCGUUCCUCCCCGUCGUGCAAAGGCGCGCCUACCCCUCUGUUGUUAGUGGCAUGUUGAGGGCCGCCGUGUCACCAAGGGCUCCCGAAAGGGAGGCAACCGCAGAUUCUCCUGGGGCAGCAGAGGCGGAAACACCACGCGAAGUUACAUUUGAGGAGGAGGAGAUGGCGCAGCGUUGUCUGUUCAAUGAAGAAACUUCGGCGAGACAGUGCAUUGUUUUUGCAGAGCAGUUUGAGUCGACCCGGUUGUGGGUGGAGGUGCUUCACUGCAUCAGCGUCAUCCUUGAAGUUGAUAUUCUGUCCGCGGAGGAGGAGGCGCGAAGUACGUACGAACGCGAGGAAGACAGGCUGCGAAUGUGCUACAUAAUUGAAAUGAAAACGGUUGGCAAUCGUAUUCAAAAGCGUCAGGAGGAUGAAAUGCGAAGAAAAUUUACCCAAUUGAUACCAUUACACAAGGAGGGGUUCACCAGCAUUCUGCAGGAGGAGGCCGGUGAGCUAGCGCAACUCUUGGAUUGGUUCAGGACGAACCGCCCGUUUGGAAUGCGCCUACCCACCUUCCUGAGUGGUGAGCCGCGUCGGAUGCAGCCAAGGAAACCCACGGGAGGACGCAACGUGACUUAUCGGGGACGUGGAUCCAGAACUUUUGUGCCUAAAGUCCAGGCGACAGCUCGCUCCGAACUGGACUCGUGGCCCGAUGUUUUUCCGGAACCCUCCUACCUGGAGGAGGGGAGGAUGGUAUGGGCACUAGUCAAAAGCUUGAGGUACGGGCAACGCAAAAGUUGUACUUCAAAAAAUGAAGUUGAGGAACAGGAGGCGGCUGCACGUGAGGAAAUUCUUGCGGAGGAGGCGGGUAAAUGGCUUCCUAUGAUCGCCCUUGCCGUGGAUGAGUGCCAUGAGGCAAAACGGCGGACUCAGGAACGAGAUAAGGCUGAAACGAUAGCUAUUGGAGAGAGGUUAGAGGAACUGCAGAAGCGUACUGCCUUAUUGGAGAAGUUGGAAGAAGAGGAUGCUAUAGGAUGGGAAAAAGCUGCAAUAAAGCAACUUCAGGAGAGGGAAGCCAUGUUUCGGAAACAGUUGGACGAGGAAGACAGCUUUUUGACCAAGAGGGAAACGGGUGCGCAGCAGCUAGAUGGUUCUACAGGUGGCGGUUGUGUUGAGCAUGACCGGGACGGGGAGCCGCGCCUGAACAUUGGGGCGUGUGCUGAGGUAAGCAGCUCUUCGGAAAGCGGCUCCAACGACCUGCCACUGUACCCAAUGCUAAACGUUGUACUUAGUGCUGCGCUUGAGCGUGAUUCGUACGCAGGGCUUCAUAAUCCUGGCUUUUCUGCUCUUGCUGAAGCGGAGUGUUUGUUGGCAGUCUGCGAGGGGCGCAGUGCAGGCAGAGCCGCUCAGGCCUUUGCCUCUGCUAGUCGAAUGCCGUUUUGUCGGAUGUACCUCAUGCAAGGUCUUUGGUGGCCUAACACCUCAACUGGCAAGGCUAAGUGCCCCGGUGAGGUGCGUGUUGCUGGCGACGGCGCUCCAUACCUGUAUGAAUUGGCGAAGCUUGAAGCAGUAUCCAGGUCUGUGUUUUUGCAGGAUCAGAUUGCCGCAGCCUUGGACUUAUAUCAACAGGCAGCACGGGAGGCGAGCACGAUUAGCGGCACCAAGUAUGGUGAGGUGUACUAUGUGGGUGUCCGUAUGCCAAGCAACUUCUAG